AUGACAGCUGUAAACGUGGCUCCGUUCGGGACAAAAUCAGAUAGAUUUGAUCAAAAUCUGGUUCACCCUCGAUGGCGUAUAGAACCAGCCUCUCCUUCUAUUGGUCCUACUACGUAUGCUGGCCCAUUAGAUAGCUUCGGGUUAAAGCUGACCGGAGUACACCUGUCGGAUUGGAAACGCAAAUAUGAACUGGAACGGCAGUCUGAAAUUCCCAAACUGCUUUGCCGCAAACAAUUUAUCGAACUAGAAGAAAAGAAACGUGCACUUGGACCGGGAACCUAUAAUAUUAAUGAGGACUCAUAUCGGAAGCGGUCUGUCACUCGACGAGGACCUAUUGAUACCGGAGCACCACGGUUUUAUGAAGAACGACAGAAUGAUGUUCCAGGAGUUGGUACUUAUGGUCUUGGCGGUGAUCCUUACGUCUUCAAGGAACUGGCGGACCAUGCCCACAAAUCUGCCUGCAUAUUAGGCUUGCUGAAUAAUGGUGGGAGCGGUGAUCGCGCUUUACCUUUCACGGUAGUUCCAUUGUUUUCAGAUUUCCUCAUUAGGUUUUCCCUCCUGUUGAAGAGUUCCCAUCUUGGACCAGGAACGUAUAAUUUGCGAGAUUCUCUGGACACUCUACUGAACAAGAGAGUGAGCAAUCGUGGUCCCUACGAUUUAACCACGGGACCAAGAAGCAAACCAAUCAAUUGUGAUUCCACGGAACCAGGCAUGUACGAAGUUCAAUCAUUUGUGAACGAUCUAAAUAAGCCGGAAAAACGAUACUUCGGGAAGUUCCGUCGUUUACCAGACCCAAUGGCCAGGAACCGAGUACGAUAUAGCACACUGCUGUCGGCUCGUAGUGCUCCAGUCCACGAAGUCAGCCCAGCCUCGUACGAUCCAGUAAAACCAGCAAAAAAGGCACCAAGUGGCAAUCGAAAGAAUGUGCCAUUCUUUUGCAGUGCACCACGAUCUACAAUGGUUUGUAACAAGACCCCUGUCGGACCGGGUCGAUACGAUGUGGAGCUGUACGACGAUUCCCGUUGCAUCUGGGGUGCAAUGUGUGCUUUCGACUCUCAGACCGCGCGGAUGGCCGGAAAAUCAGUGCAGGCGAUGAGGUAUGAACAGAAAAUGUGGCUGGAUAUCAGUGAAUGUUUAGGGCAUUCGUUUUUCGCUUUUCUUAUGUGGCACUUAGCGGGAAACAAAAAUAACUAG